UUAUUGUGAUAAACACACAUUUUUUUCUCAAUACUACUCUCUCUGGUGAACUAAACAAAAGACGUUCGAUAAGUAAUGGUUAAGCUAAGACACUGUUCUCCUAUAUUGAUGUGUUGAUUAACACGCAAGUAAUUAAUUAAAUUGUUUCCCCAGGACACUUAAUCUUGAACUAUUUCUUCGAAUUGUUAUUUAUCAAAGAUGUUAAGCAUAAAUGUGUUGAAGCGGUGUCUCAGUACUGCAUCUGUUCUACAUACCCAAACCGAUGCCUGCAAGAUCGGUAUGAGAGAAAUUGUGGGUUUUGGCAUAAAUGGACAAUCAAUAUACAGUGAUAAUCCGAUGUUUCCAUACCCUGCAAUUCGCUUUAGAGAAAUUUCGCCAAUAUACAAGGCUUUAAAAGAAAAAGAGAAAGGCGAUUGGCGUUCUUUAUCUAUAGAGGAGAAAAAGACAUUAUACCGAGUGAGUUUUUGUCAAACAUUUGCUGAAAUGAACGCUCCUACUGGGAGAUGGAAACCUGUUAUUGGUACAGCUUUAAUAUUGUUAUCGACUGGUUUACUUCUAUGUACAUUGAUAAGAAUGAUUUAUGAGAAUUUAAAAAAGGCAAAUAUGCAAAUUGGAAUUUUAGGUAAACCAAAAAAAGAUUAUCCGCCUCUUUUAACUUGUUAUGAAAUUAGCCGAAAUGAAGACAAGAAUGUAAUGGCAAGAAAAAAAGAAACAGAAAAGAAUAAAAUGAAAAAAAAUCAAAAUGAUCCUUCUGUUGUGGGAGAGACUACAUCAAAUAAUGGAAGUAAAAACCAAAGUACUGAAGAAUGUGAUAAAAGUGUACUUUCUGAUACUAAAAGAAGUAUUGAGAGUAAAGUAAAUAAUAAGAUAUCAUUAAUAGAGGAAAGUGAAGCUCAAAGAAAAAGUUCUAUGGAUAUGGAUGAAAUGGACGAAACUGAUGAAAGUAUAGAUGAAACUAAAAAUAAAACUAAAGAUCUUGUUGCUAUUGAACUUUUCACUUUAUUAUUAGCAAUGAAAACUGAAAGAAGGAGGCAAAAGAAACAGAGAAGAUUUGUUAAAAAAAUGAAACGGCGUUUCGAAGCAGAAAAUAUUGUAGGAGGUGAUGGAACAUUUCUAGUAUUAAAACAGUAUCCCCAUCAGCCUUACUGUCUCAGCUACAAAUUACUAACCAAAACCAAAACAUUUAAUAGAGAUGAAGCGGUUACACUAUGGAUGAAAUACUUACCUUUAACUAAACGUUUUUUUUAUCGAAUAGAUCCAUAUUCAUCUAUAGUAGAUGAUUAUUUUGAUGUCCAAUAAAACAAUUUUUAUAAAUAUAAUUUAUUU